AUGGAGGGGGGCGGCGGCGGCGACGGCGGGGCGCGGCAGCGCGAGCUCGAGCGCAUGGCGGAGGUCCUGGUCACCGGCGAGCAGCUGCGGCUCAGGCUGCAUGAAGAAAAGGUGAUUAAAGACAGGCGACAUCAUCUUAAAACCUACCCGAACUGUUUUGUCGCAAAAGAACUGAUUGACUGGUUGAUUGAACACAAGGAGGCGUCUGACAGAGAGACGGCUAUUAAACUCAUGCAGAAGCUGGCGGACCGGGGCAUCAUCCACCACGUGUGUGAUGAGCAUAAGGAAUUCAAGGACGUCAAACUCUUCUACCGCUUUAGAAAGGAUGACGGCACCUUCCCCCUGGACAAUGAAGUGAAGGCCUUCGUGAGGGGACAGAGGCUGUAUGAGAAGUUGAUGAGCCCCGAGAACACGCUCCUGCAGCCCCGGGAGGAGGAGGGGGUCAAGUACGAGCGCACGUUCAUGGCCUCCGAGUUCCUGGACUGGCUGGUGCAGGAGGGGGAGGCCACGGCGCGGGAGGAGGCGGAGCAGCUCUGCCGGCGGCUCCUGGAGCAUGGCAUCAUCCAACACGUGUCCAAUAAGCACCCGUUUGUGGACAGCAACCUUCUCUACCAGUUCAGAAUGAACUUCCGGCGGAGGCGAAGGCUGAUGGAGCUGCUCAGUGAGAAAUCCCCGUCCUCCCAGGAGACGCACGACAGCCCCUUCUGCUUGCGGAAGCAGGGCCAUGACAACCGGAAGUCUGCCAGCUUCAUGUCAGUCAGCCCCAGCAAGGAGAUCAAGAUCGCGUCGGCCGCGCGGAGGAGCAGCAUGAGCAGCGGCGGCAGCAGCGGCUACUUCAGCAGCAGCCCCACCCUCUCCAACAGCCCGCCGGUGCUCUGCAACCCCAAGUCUGUGUUGAAGAGGCCCGUCACUUCUGAGGAACUCUUGACUCCCGGGGCUCCGUAUGCGAGGAAGACGUUCACGAUCGUCGGGGACGCGGUCGGCUGGGGCUUCGUGGUGCGCGGGAGCAAGCCGUGCCACAUCCAGGCCGUGGACCCCAGCGGCCCGGCGGCGGCGGCGGGGAUGAAGGUCUGUCAGUUCGUCGUCUCCGUGAAUGGGCUGAACGUGCUGCACGUCGACUACCGCACGGUGAGCAACCUGAUUCUGACCGGGCCGCGGACCAUCGUCAUGGAGGUCAUGGAGGCGCUGGAGUGCUGA